UAGAACUGUGUAGAAUGAAUAACUCUGGAGAAAUCCCUCACCAUACAGUAUUAAGUGAUGCUAUAUCUCGGUAUAUCCGGCUUUUGAACAUUUCUUUACUGAACAUCAAGGGUACAAAGAUGACUGAGCACAAGUUCCCCAUGAAUAAUAACCUGGAGACCUGGAGAGAUCAGAUGCCGGGUCCAACUAACCCGGAGCAGGACGUUUUCUCUAAUAAAACCCCGGAGCUGGACGUUUUCUCUAAUAAAACCCCGGAACAGGCGAUCUUCUCAACUAUAAACCCGGAGCAGGGCGUUAUCUCCAGCUCUGGGUGUCAAACUAAAACAAAAAUAUCAAACCACAAACUUUAUCAGCCAGGAAACUUUUGGGGGUUGAAAGGAGGAGAACUAGGGGGUUUUGCAGGAGAAUUGAUGAAAGACUCUCUAUAUACAGCUCUUCUUAUCUAUCCUUCUCCUUUUCACUGGCAUGCAAGGGCAAUAUUAACAGUUUAUCUUACUGCAAGGGGAGUUGCUUUGAACCUAGAGGAACCUAUUGAAAAGUUACUGAAUCAGUGCAGGGUCAUAGAGUAUACACAGAAAAACGACACCAGCUUGAUAUUGGAUGAGGAAGGAGAGAUGGAGAAUAAAGAAUUAGUUAAAAACAUAAACAAGAAUGAAGAGAAAAAAGAAGAGAAUAAAGAAAAGAAUUUAUCCUUGUUUUCUCUUAAUAAUAGAAAGUUUGUUUAUGACUUUGAAAAGAAAUUCUGCAUUUAACAUAAAUCUAAAAUUUAGUUUUUAUUCAUUAUAUAUUUAUAUGUAUUCAUAAAAUAGUGAUUUAAUUAUUGUAUAAUAAAAACCUCGAUAAAAAC